AUGGUGACGGCGGCGCACGAGUCAGUUUCAGAGGUGCCCACGCUGUUGCUGAUGACCAGCAUGAACUUGGUGGCCGCCAACAUCACAGCAGCCACUUGCUUCACCACUCCCAGCGAGGAGCGUUGCAAGGCCCGCACUCUCUUCUACUAUGCCGCAAGCCCCGCUGGCUGCCUCUGGACAUCGCUGGUCAGCUUCUGCUUGAACCACAAGGACUUCCAGGCGAGUUGGGCGCUGAGGGCCACGGCGAUGGUGCUGCCCAUGCUGGUGGGCUUGGCCAGCUGGAUGCUGCUGCCGGCGGACGGCUUCUGGAGCCCCGAGCGCAUGUUGGCGAAGCAGCUGGAGCUGGAGCAGGAGAUGGAGAAGGCGAUGCAGGAGGAUUUGCAAGCGUUGGAAGACUUCAAGACCGCUCCCAUGCCCAUAGAAGAAGGAGAGGAGGAAGAGAAGAAGGAGCAGCGCGUUUCCGUGGAUGAGCUUUUCCCGAAUUUGCCGCGCAUAAGCACAGCGGCAAGGACGCAUCGCUCACGAUUCUCACAGGCCAUGACAGUGGGGGCCCCGCCGCCAGUCCUUGUCACUCCUCCAGUGCCGCUUGAAGGCCCCGCGCGGCUGUCCCGCCUCAGCGUGGCGCGGGAGAGCCUUUCCCGUCUCAACGCUGCCAGGGCCAGCGCCCGGGCCAGUCGCUUGGAGCCCUGCCACUCCCCCCGUGACCCUGGCAACUCGCCUGGCUCUGGCAACUCCCCGGCCUCCAGCAACUCACGCUCCCCGCGGAACGAACGAGCCAAACCCUCCGUACGCGCCAGUGCGCGGCCCUCCGGCCUGCGCGGCAGCGCUCGCGGCUCGCGAUUCUCCAGCCUCGAAGCCUUCGACCGCAGCACGCUGAUGACGCGGAUGAGCUUUUUCACCCCACUGAACACGGCCCUCGGGAAAGAUGUGGCUUUUGUGGCCGCGAACCUGCAAACGGAAAGGCUGUCCAUGGCCAUCCGUGCCUCUGUUCACCCUGACCUGGUGGAGGAGGUGGAAGUGAAGGUGUGGUACCAGAAUUACCUCAACCCAGUUUUUCGUGUGCUGUUGGUCUCUCAGUGCUUGGUCGUGUACAGCUACAGUUUCUACAGCUACACCAUAUUCCCAGAGCUGAUCAGUCAUGCAGGGCCCAACUUGGACAUGGUCAGCUUGCUCUACUCUGCGGAAGGUGGGGUUCAGGUGGUGGUCUCCAUCCUGCUGAUGUCCUUUCUGGAUACGCACAUUUUUGCAAAGUUCUUUGGCACUGCCUUGCUCCUGAGCGCCUGCUCACCGCUGGCCAUCACAUUGUUGGGGAAGCUCCACUGGAUCCUUUACAUCGUGACGGUGCUGUUGGCCGACCUCACGAUUUGCUGCCACGUCUCGCUGCUGAGCGUUGUGUUGCUUCGGAGCCUUGCUUGGGGUCAGAUCUUGACAUUCUACACCGAUGCCAACCUGAUUGGCGGGGUGCUAUCAGCGGUUGCCAAUUUGCAGAUGCCGCUGAAGACGCUGCUGGGGAGUUGGGAGCUCACGGUGAUGAUUGGGCAUGGUGUUCCAGCGCUGCUUGUGCUCAUUUUUUUCUUGUUGCACUUGCCGACGAUGCGGAAGCUGAAGCAGAUCCUGAAGAAACCAGUGCGGCGGAGUGUGGAGGGUGAGUGGGAUCCGGAGGACCUGGAGGAGAUGCUGGAGGAGCCGAAGGACUCUUCAAGGGAGCCGCAGGAUUUGCCGCCGGAGCUGAAAGAUGCACGCGUUGCAUCCAAGGAGUCCAGUCCAACGCCCCCCUCGCUUCUGAAGUACGAGGUGAACGUGGAGAAGCCGAAGGCGGAGGAGGCGGACUGGGCUUGUGAGUUGGGCCGCAUGCCUGGGAUAGAAGAUUUUCAGGACAAUCAAUGCAAAGGUGUUGAUGCAAAGCACAGGUGCUUGUCAUUUUUGUUCGGGCCAGCAGUGCCUUCGAACUUCAUGUUGGCAUUGGACCCAGGUCUGCUGGCUCAGGCACAUCCCUGGUUCAACGGCUGGUGCACGCGCAUCACAGACCUCGAGCAGGGCAGAACUCUGACGCUGAUCCUUGGCUCCUUCCAGACCGCCGCCAAGGAAUGGAGCGAGGUCUACACCGCCUUGCUGGUGGGUGAGCAUGGUCGAGUUCGUUCAGAGCAGGUGUUCUCUGAUCCAGAAACAGUGUCCAUGCGCUCGGGCGGGGAGGUCUCCUGGCAGCUUUCGAAGCGCGACCACAACCGCAAUGCCUGGCACUUGCCUUUGGGGACCUUCCAGACCAAUUCCUCCGGCUCCAACCUGGACUUCGAGCUGCCAGGGCUGCGCUUCAGAGCCAGCCUGGGUCACCCGAAGAACUGGGACCCGGAGGGCUGGGCAGGGCGCUUGCCUCCCUGGAUGCUGCCCACUCACUACUUUGUGGAGAGCUUGUCUUCCCCAGUUGAGUACGAGCUCAACGGUGAGUUUGGCCGUGGCUAUGCUCAUCAGGAGAUGAAUUACGGCCGCCGCUUCCCAGUGGCCUUCGUAUGGGCUCAGGGCAUCGCUGAUGGUGGCCGCAGCCAGUUGGUGGUCACUGGUGGCAAGUUCACCGUCUCUGGCGUGACCACAGAGCAAUACAUCGUGGCCUUCCGAUCCGAGGAUCACGAAUGGAGCUUCCGCAGCAUUGACCUGCACCGCUUCCGUGCCAAGGUCGACGCCUGCAACGGCAGCUUUUCCCUGGUGGCACGCACCUCGAACCGGCGCCUGGAGCUCAUGGUCUCUGCGCCGAGAAGCAGUUUCUCACAGAAUAUCUACGUGCCCACAGAAGGUGGAUUCAGCCAUGAGCCAGGCAGCUCUGAGAGCCAUACAGCUCUGGCGGUGGCGCGGCUGUUCGCGAAGCGAGGAAUCAUCCGGAACAGCCAAGCCAUUAGCGAGUACACCAUCUUCAAGCAUGCAGCUUUGGAGUUUGGCGGCGAGUACAACUGCGGCGCAGGGCAUCCUGCCCCUUCCCUGGCCUUCGUCGGUCCCGGAGUCCGGCCGCGGCCGCGGCAGAGGCGGCCACUGCGGCCCAAACACCGGGAGGCGCAAAGCUCCAUGCCGCGGCAAAGUUACCCCGUGGCUGCGGCCUGCGCUGUUCUGGCGGCCACUGCCUUGGCUCUGCGCUCGCGGCGGAAGCGGACGUUGCAGGAAGGCAUUGCGGACUUCUACGAUGCCUCUACAGGAGUCUGGGUGGAGAUUUGGGGUGACCACCUUCACCAUGGCUACUAUGAGGACAAUUCCUGGAGGUCAUUACAGCAGCACAGGGAAGCGCAGGUGCGAAUGAUCGAGGAGGUGCUGACGUGGGCAGCUGAUGGCGAAAAACCGCAGAACAUUCUAGAUGUGGGCUGCGGCGUGGGUGGCUCCUCCAGGUAUUUGCAGAAGAAGUUCAAUGCCCAGACCACAGGAAUCACACUGAGCCCAAAGCAGUGCAGCCAAGCAACGAGUCUUUCGAAGAAGACAGGUCAGGAGCAAUGCAGCUUCAAGGUAGCCGAUGCCUUGAAGAUGCCGUUUCCGGACAACUCCUUCGAUCUUGUUUGGUCGCUGGAGAGCGGCGAACACAUGCCAGAGAAGCCAAAGUUCAUGGCCGAGAUGAACCGAGUUUGCAAGCCCGGGGGUCGCAUCAUCUUGGUGACCUGGGUCCACCGCGACCUGGAUGAGCACGAGACGUUGAAGCCUAAGGAGCAGCGGCUGCUGGAUUGCAUCAGCAAAGCCUACCACCUGCCGGACUGGUGCAGUAUUGCCGACUACAGCCACAUAGCAAAGGAUAUGGGAAUGACAGGCAUCAAAACUACUGACUGGACGAAGCACAUUGCGCCUUUCUGGUCUGCGGUCAUUCAGAGCGCUCUGCAGCCACGGGGCUGGUGGGCACUGUUGCGAGGUGGACUGGAGACCUUCCGCGGGGCCUUGGUUAUGCCACUGAUGAAUCGCGGCUACCGCACUGGCACCAUUUGUUUCGGGCUUUUGACUGCCUGCAAGGCAGAGAGUGAAGAAGGUGCCAAAGCUGCUGCCGGCUCUGCCACUGCACGGGCGGCGUUGCCACACGCGCCGCGUGUGCCGCGUGUGCCGCGCGUGCCGCCGCGGCGGUGGUUGUCGCGGCUGGGGCGGCGAGCCACCGACCAGGCAAUAUCCUCAGCCAGUACUACUUCGGGAUUGGAGCUGCUGAAGGUGCCAAAGGCAAUUUGGGACUUCACGCGGCCCCACACUCUCAUUGGCACUUUCGUCUCCAUCACGGCAGUGCACCUGUUCGCCGUGGCACCGGUGCUGGGCCAAGUCCACUGGUGGCGCUUUGCGCUGCUCACGGUGCAGGCGCUGGUGCCUGCGAUGCUGAUAAAUGUCUACAUCACAGGUCUCAAUCAGAUCUAUGAUGUAGACAUUGACCGUCAGAACAAGCCCUACUUGCCGAUCCCCUCUGGGCGGCUCAGCCUCAAGGGCGCUUGGCGCACGGUGCUGGCCAGCCUUCUGGCGGCCGAGGUGCUGUCCUGCACUUUCUGCACGCCCCUAGGCUUCCAGCCGCUGCAGUUCGCUCUGCUGGGUAGCGCGCUGCUGGGCACCUUGUACUCAGCUCCUCCGGCACGGCUCAAGCGCUACCCGUUCCUGGCGGCGCUUAGUAUCAUUGUCGUGCGUGGCAUUGUGGUCAACAUGGGCUUCUACGCCUACAUUGCGCAGGCUUUGGGCAUUGCAGGACAGCUCCCGCCUCUUCGCAGCGCAUUUGCUGCGAGUUUCUUUGCGGUGUUCGGCCUUGUGAUCGCGCUUAUGAAGGACGUGCCUGAUGUACUGGGUGAUCAAUCUGCUGGCGUGUACUCGCUCAGUGUUCGCCUUGGCCCGAAGCGGGUGUUUUCCAUCGCCGUGGGGGUGCUGAAGGCUUUGCUGCUCUGCAGCGGCGGGUGCUUGGCCGCGGCCGGCUUCGCGGGCUCGACGCCGCGCGCGGCCCUGCGAGGACGACUGCUAGCUGCUUUUUCCCUGCUCUUUCUACGAGCUGUUCACCGUGAGGAGAAGCGUGUGGACGCUGAGGAUCCGAAGAAGGUCUUCGACUUCUAUAUGUUUGUUUGGAAAAUUUUCUAUGUUUCCUACAUCCUGCUUCCGCUCGCGAUGUGA